AUGUAUGGAACUUAUUUGAUGAAGUAUGAUUUGAAGUUGGAUGUUGAAGUUGGGCUCAAAAUCGCGCAAGAGAGGAGUUACCAACUUUGGGUCAAGCUCAAAGUAAUUGGGAAGCUGAUAAAAUCAAUUGAUGCACCUGGAGGAUUUCUUUUCGAGUGGUGGUCUGUCUUUUGGGAUAUAUUCAUCUCGAGAACAAAUGAGAAACAUUCUGAGGCUGCUGCCGCUUACAUUGAGACCCAGCAAACGAAGGCAAAAGAACAACUUCAAAUGCAACUAAUGCAGCAACGCAAUGUCCAGUUACAGAGAAGAGAUCCUAAUCAUCCUGCACUGAGUGGACUGGGUGGUUCCUUAAAUGCCAUUAACUCUGAAGGUAUGUUGGGGCAGCCACCAGCAAGUGUGUUGGCUAUGAAAAUGUAUGAAGAGCGAAUGAAACACCCUCAUUCAAUGGAUUCAGAAGCAUCUCCAAAUCUUAUCGAUGCGAAUAGGAUGGCUCUUCUCAAAUCAGCAACAAGUCAUCAAGGUCAGCUGGUUCAUGGUAAUUCAGGGAAUAUGUCCAAUGCAUUGCAGCAACUGCAAGCACGGUCUACUUUAACCAAUGACAUCAAAGGAGAUGUUAACAUUGGCGCUGGUCCAAAGAAUUUGCCUUUGGAUACAUCAGUUUAUCGACAAGCAAUUUUACAAUCAAAAUCUGGGUUAGGAAGUGCAGGAUUAAAUCAAGGAGUUACAAGUCUUCCGUUGAAGGGAUGGCCUCUAACUGGAAUUGAUCAAUUAAGACCUGGUUUGGGUGUACAAGUUCAGAAGCCUAAUUUAACACCACAAAACCAAUAUAUGUUAGCAUCACAACAACAACAGGUCUUGGCGCAGGCUCAGGCACAAAACAGCCUUGGAAAUUCUAAUUAUGGUGAUAUGGAUCCGCGUAGACUUUCUGGUCUUCCCCGAGGUAGCUUAAAUGUGAAGGAUGGUCAAUCUAACAGGAACUAUGGAACCAUUUCCUCCCAAAUGCAAUCAGGUUCACCUAAGAUGAGGAUGAACCAGUCACAACAAUCGUUAUCUCAGCAGCAAGAGCAAUUGCAGCAGAAUCAACUUCAGCAGGCAAGAGGCAGGCUGAGGAAGAAGUACAGGCAGUGAGUGCAAAAAAGCAAAAGCUAGAAGAGGUUCAUCAAAAGAAGGAAGCUGACACUAGUAGAAAAAAG